CAAGAAAAACAAAGGAUUAUAACAAAACCUGUUUCCCAUGGGUUGUUAUGAAAUGACAUAAUUUUUAUAAAGUUCUUUGCAAGUGCUAUAUAAAUACAAACUAUAACUAUUAUUAACUGUUAUUUAUAGAGUGUUUUUGUCAUGUAGUAUGUAAUUUCUCAUCUUCAAAAUCUCCUUUUCCCAGGUCUCUCUCUCUCUUCUUCUCAUCCACUCUUUGAUCUAGAAUCAUGGAAUGGAGUGGCAACCAGACUCUCAUCACUCACUUUAUCCUUCUGGGUCUCUUCACUCAAACUCCUCUUCACUUCUUCCUCUUCUCCAUCAUUAUAAUCAUGUUCCUGGUGGCAUUGACUGGUAAUGGCCUUAUGAUCCUUCUCAUCAACAUUGAUUCACGGCUCCACAGUCCAAUGUACUUUUUCCUCAGUUGGCUCUCAUUAAUGGACCUCAUGCUCAUCUCCACCAUUGUACCUCAGAUGGCUGUGAAUUUCCUAUCAGGCAAGGGGUAUAUCACCUUUACAGGGUGUGGCCUACAGAUUCUCUUCUUCUUUACACUUCUGGGGGAUGAGUGCUUCCUGCUGGCCUUCAUGGCCUAUGACCGCUUUGUGGCCAUCAGCAAUCCAUUGAGGUAUUCAGUGAUCAUGAACAAACGUGUCUGUUGGAUAAUGGUGGCAUUUUCUUGGCUCUUUGGUCUGGUAGAUGGAUUAAUCCAAGCUGUCUUCACUCUCCACUUUCCCUACUGUGGCUCAAACAAGAUCGAUCAUUUCUUCUGUGAUAUACCUGCUGUCCUCAAGUUGGCUUGUGCUGAUACCUCCCUUUAUGAAUCCAUGAUCUAUGUUUGCUGUGUCCUAAUGCUGCUUUUGCCUUUCUCUGUUAUUUCUGCCUCUUACAUAAAGAUCCUAGUGGCAGUUCUUCAAAUGCAUUCAACUGAGGGGAGACAAAAGGCAUUUACCACUUGUGCCUCCCACAUGACUGUGGUUACUCUUUUCUAUGGGGCAGCCACGGUCACAUACAUAAGGCCCCAGGUAUACCACUCUUCCAAACAAGAUAAAGUAGUUUCUGCUUUCUAUACUAUGAUCACACCCAUGCUCAACCCUAUUAUUUACAGCCUAAGAAACAAGGAAGUAACUGGGGCCCUUAAGAAGCUGUUGGGAAGGUGUAGCUAUGGCAGAACUCAAAACAAUAAUUGACAUUCAUACAACCAUUUAUAGUAAAAAAUCCUGUUUAUAUUUAAUCAUUGUAAUUAUUCUAUAGAUCAGUAUUUUGGUCUGGUAUGGAUCUAUGAAUUUUUUAGAGGUAGGAACUCAGUGUGAGAAAAUUCCCUCUGCCAUUGCAAAUAUAUAACUAUAUUUUCAAAUGAUAUAUCCAAACUUGAUUUCCCCUUUAUCAGGAUCACAGACUGGAUCAUCUCCAUGUGGAAAUCAGCUGUAAUUGUUUAAUAUAUCUUUUGUGAGGUCAAUUCCUUGACUUCUCUGUACUCUCUCCUUCCUGUUCACUGACUUCCCUCAUAGGCAACAAGUGUAGUGAUGUAUCUUAUAGUAUUCUGGUGCCCUAAAGCCGUUGUAGUCAUCUUGCUCAUUGGUGUAGCCCAGGUAUGGCUCCCACUCCCAACUCUCCCCAAACUCCCUUGGUUUCCAUCUUUGGAAUUAAUUCAUUUAUUCCUCCUGCUGACUUUGAAUCACAAAGUAUUUUCAUCUUCUCUGUAGAAAUCACUGUGCUGUCUUAAUGCAUGGGACUUU